AUGGCUCCGGUUGUGGUCUAUGGGGUUGAUCGCUCAUUAUCUGCUAUAACUGUAUGUGGAAACCUGCUUGUAAUAAUCUCCAUCACUUACUUCAAACAGCUCCACACUUCUACAAACUACCUCAUAUUCUCUCUUGCUGUGGCUGACCUACUUGUUGGGCUUUUAGUCUUUCCUCUCACCAUGGAAUUCUCUAUAACCUCAUGUUUGUACAAUGAAGAUUUAUUUUACCGAUAUUAUGCUGUGUGUCAGCCUCUGACAUACAGAGCUAAGAUAAAUAAUCAUGUUGUUGUGAUCAUGAUCUUGGUGAGCUGGGGGGCUCCUGCUCUAAUUGGAAUCAGCUUCAUACUUUUAGGAAUAAACCAAGAAAAAUGUGUCGGAACAUGUCUAAUUGACGCUUUAAUGGCAAACAUUUUGGGACUUAUUUUCUCAUUUUACCUCCCAGCGAUUGUAAUGCUGUUUAUCUACCUAAAGAUUUUCCUUGUGGCACAGAGACAGGCACGCAGCAUCCAGAAGACAAACUGUCAGAGAACAAAGUGUGGGGCCACUGUCAGUAAGAUGGAGAGAAAGGCCACCAAAACUUUGGCUAUUGUGAUGGGGACUUUUUUGCUGUCUUGGCUUCCUUUUUUUCUUACUACCGUUCUUUCUUUCAGUCAUGUUUACGUGCCGCUUCCUUUGUUUGAAUUACUUAAUUGGCUUGCACUGUCAAAUUCUAUGCUCAAUCCCUUUAUUUAUGCUUUGUUUUACAGCUGGUUUAGAUCAGCUUUCAGAAUGAUAAUUUCUGGAAAAAUAAUUCAGGGUGAUUUUACAAACUCAAAACUACUCUAA